UUAUUCAGAAGAAGACCGUAAAACAGCAAAGCGUGUGCAAAAUCACAACAAAUCGACAAAAUUUUGGAUUUUUCAUCAAAAUUUCGUGAAAAUCCAUAAAAAAAAUUUAAAUUUUUGACGAAAAUUCAAAAAACUAACCUCAAAAAAUCCAAAUUUAUUCCAAAAAUCACAAAUUUUAAGCUAAACGAUGGCUGGAGUGUUAUUCGAGGACAUUUUCAACGUCAAAGACAUGGAUCCCGAAGGAAAAAAAUUCGAUCGUUGCUCGCGUCUCCAUUGCGAAUCCGAAUCCUUCAAAAUGGACUUGAUUCUCGACAUCAAUUCAUGGGUCUAUCCCAUGGAACUGGGCGACAAAUUCCGUCUUGUACUCGCAACAACGCUCCAUGAAGACGGAACGCCCGCUUCGCAGGAAUACAAUGCGGCGGAAAUUGAAGGAUCGCGUGCCGACAACUUUGAGUACGUGAUGUUCGGGAAAGUUUAUCGACUCGAGGGCGACGACAGUGAAGCUUCGAGCAGAUUAUCGGCUUACGUUUCGUUCGGCGGACUGCUGAUGCGAUUACAGGGCGACGCAAAUAACUUGCACGGAUUCGAAGUUGACCAACAAAUGUACUUGUUAAUGAAGAAAUUGGCGUUUUAAAAUAAAAAAAAAAUUUAAUUUUUUAAGGCAAAAGCUGUUUAUU